CUGAUUGCACCGGAAUACACCAGUGGGCGAUGGGGUCGUCACGUCCCGACGCCGGACUGCGCCGACAGUGGCCGAGGCCACCCGCCAACACGUAGGGCCGAUCUUGGCAGCGGCGGUGUACACCGCCGAGCCUCGUCCUGUCCACCUCCAUGGGCUGCACCCCCAGCCCGGGCCAAGACCCCACGAGGAGGUCAAGGCCCUUCCCCCCCAAUGUCUAUAUCCCACGUGCCGAAUGCCACCUUCGCGGAGCUUGUAAUCACCGAUGUCCACCCCAAUGAUGAAGGGGUAUACCGCUGUGAGAUCACCUACCUCCAAGUCGGCGAAGACUGCAACACGGUGCAAGUCACAGAUUUCCAUACAUACAUUAAACCGAAGUCUGUUGAAGUUAGAACUGGUGAAGGUCUCAUUUUAUCCGAGGGCGCCGUAUUUGGACCAUUGCUGGAAAGGACAAAGGUCAAUAUUACGUGCCUCGUUGUGGGUGGCAAGCCUCAACCAAAGGUCACUUGGUAUUUCAACGGAAGAGAAAGACUUGAUGCCCAAACCAUCACUGAUCAAUCGUCGAUACAACACGUACUCCCACUGACUGUGACUCGCGAGGAGUUAGCUGGUGAACUAACUUGUAAUGUAUCCUCAGCUGCUAUGGAUAAGGCUAUCGUGAGGAAGGUUCUGUUGGAUGUUAGAGUACCCCCAAAUAAGAUUUCCAUAUCUGGAGUAGGUGAGCAUGCUACCCAAGGAACUCUUCUGACGCUGAUGUGCACUGUGUCAGGGGCAAGACCAGCCGCGAAGAUUGAUUGGUUUAAUGGAACCCACCAGCUUAGUUCAGAGCAACAAAAUAUUCAGCAGAGGGAAACCGAAUCGAGCGACACUACAUUCGAGACUACUUCCAACCUAACAUUCGAAGCCACGAGGUUUGAGAACGGAAGAAAGUUUAUUUGUCGUGCUAUAAAUGACGUGAUGGUGGAAACAAAAGAACAUCCGAUACACGCAACCAGGGAACUUGAAGUUUGGUACCCGCCGUUAGUUCAUGUAACUCCACCGAACAUUACAAUCGUUGAGGGAUCCAAGAUUUUGUUGAAAAGCGAAUAUGAAAGCAAUCCGUCUUCAUUAAUAGAUGUAAUCUGGUACCGUGAUGGUGUUAAGGUCAAUGUGAAUAAAAGUCACUACCAAGGUGGUAAUACAGACCAACACUCACUCAUCAUCUUAGACGCCAAUGGAGAAGAUAUGGGAAACUAUACUGUUCUUCUAGCCAAUGCAGUAGGGAAUGGCACUACAAAUGAAACUAUCAGUGUUAAUGUUUUAUAUAAACCCCAAGUACGUCUUACAAUGAGUUCACCCAGCCCUAUCCUCGAAAAAGAGCAUAAAAACGUGACGCUGACCUGCGAAGUAGUUUCUGGGAAUCCUUCGAUCUUGGAUGAAGUUAUUUGGUUUCUGGAUGGAGAGGUUCUGAAACAUCUGCCUGAAUGUAAUGACACCGAUGCAUUACUCUGUAACGAAGUAGACCCAUCAAUGCUGCUACUUCAAGAUACAACGAAAAGUUUUCACGGAAACUACUCUUGUAAAGGAAAAAACUACGCUGGUUGGGGAAAUGAGAGUGAAAAAACGGAACUUGUUGUUAACUAUCCGCCCGGUCCUGCAAAAUUAACUUAUUCCCCAUGGCAAGUUGUGAAAGGAAAGUCACUAGUUCUUAGCUGCAAAAUAGAAGAAAAAGGCCGACCAGAAACACACAGAUAUCGCUGGUACCGCGGCGGACGGCCUGUAACUGAUAUCGUCUCUCAAAAUUGGACAAUAGACCCAGUGACUCUUGAUCAUAGAACUAACUUCUCUUGUCGUGGAAUAAACGCGGGCGGCGAAGGAGAGGCAGCCUUUGUCAAUAUAGACGUAUUAGCUCCGCCUAGCUUCAAAUACGCAAUGAACCACUACAGCGGCGCUUUAUACAAGUCACAGAACAUUUCUCUAUCGUGUACAGUAGAAUGUGCUCCGCUGUGUAGUGUUGUGUGGCUAAAAGACGGUCAGGUCAUUGACCCCGAGAAAACAGACAGAUACUACGUCGAAGAACGAAAAAUUGAACCACAAGUGAACAGAAACGACUUCGAAGCUACUGAAUCUACUCUGCAUUGGAAUAUGUCAGCUUGGUCGGGAGGUAUGCUUUCUCGAGGUGACUCUGCGCGAUACACUUGUCGCUCUGGAAGAAAUGCUGCCGGGCCACCAGUGAAUAGUACCACGAAAUUCGCUGUUGAAUAUGAACCGGAAAAUAUAACAGUUACACCUGAAGUGGUGUCGGUUGUGGAAAAUGAAAUACCAGCGAAAGUCGUAUGUUCUGCCAAAGGAUUUCCAAUGCCGAGCUACAGCUGGCGUCGCCUCACUCCUCACAAAUCCUCAUCUCGUGAACACAAUUCCUCACUUAUACUAUCAUCUUCGAAUGCUCUACUCUUGGGCCCUGCAGCAAGAAAACACGCUGGUCGCUAUGUCUGUGAGGCCUAUAACAGACACGGCUUUAUCAACACUAGCGUACUACUAGAUGUUAUGUUUAUUCCAGAAUGUGGUAUAAAACAGAUCGAGUUGAACGGAGAGCAAGUUUUAGUAUGCACCGCCCACGCGAACCCAUCUGAGGUAUCAUUUACAUGGAAAUUGAAGAAUGAUAACGAUAGUUUGACGGAUGAAAAGAUUUGGCAGAAAGGAAGUCAAAGUUUCCUUCGUUUACCAGCUGUUGAGGUUUACAGAACCUACCUCUGUAGAGCGAAUAAUAGUGUGGGCGCGUCUAGACCAUGCGAGAGAGAUGUUAUGGCGAACUUGGAAAGUUACAGUACGAAAGUAUGGUGGAGAGAUCAACAUAAACUGAUGUUGAUUGGAGGAGCAGCGUUGGCGUUACUAGUUCUCUUUGUAAUUCUAUGCGCCAUCAUAAUAUGCGUUUGCAGACGAAUGAGAGCUAAAUCUAAAUAUAACAAUCCAGUCGAAUUAGAAGAGCGGGAAAAUCCGGAUGGUAGCUGUCUAAACGAAGUUUCCAUAGCGCAAUCUAUAAUAUCACAAGCUUUACCCGCUUUGUCACCGCGUAUAUUAUCAUUCAGUCCGAAAUCUUCAGAUAGAACUAGACUUGUAAACUCACAGAGUUAUCCUCAUAGCAUAGAAAUGACUGUCAAAGAAAGCUCUAAUAAAGUAGAUCAAAAUAUUAAUGAAGGCACAACAGAAAAUGUUGAGACACCGAAAAUAGAACCUAAAACAGAUGUAGAUAAAGUCCAAAGUGUAGUGACGCCGAAUAAAUGGCCUCUUAAACCAGGAGUUUUGGUGCACGUAAACUCAAACCACACACUUAGCCCUAAAAAUCAAGCGAGAUUACAAAAUAGAAUACAAAAUGAGAGUAACGAAGAAAGCAAUCUUGGCCUAUUAGAAAGGAAACCAAAUAUAGAUAAUAAAAGCCCACCAAAGACUGAAUAUUCAAAGAAAACUGGAAAACCAAAGAAACAUUCACAAAAAGUAACCGGUAUACUUAAAAAUUUGAGACGCAAGAGCGAUUCAUCGGAUGAAGAAAGUGGAAAAUAUAAAAAAAUAAAUAAAACAAACAAAAGAGCUGUAACAUUAGUGACUCAUAAUAAAGGUUUUGGGCAUAAGAGAAGUAUUAGAUCCUUCUUUCAAAGUGAAACGCCAAAUGUGAUAGUCACGGAAGGAGUCGUAUCAUUUAAAAGACCCGAUAGAAUAGCGAAUGACAAAGUACCUAUAAAAGCACCGAGAAACACAAGAAAACGGAAGAAACCCGGAGAUAGCCCAGCUACGAAUGGCGUAGAUAACGCGCCAAUCACGGAACCCGGGCUUUACGAGAACUUGCCCUUCCACGGAUUACAGCAACCUCCUAAUAAGCCUGUGCAAGCGAUACAACCUAGAAUUGUCGAAACUAACCAAAAACAAACUAAAGGCAUUGAAGCGCUACAAAAACAAUUAUCAACCAACCCUUCAUUUACGCCCCGUGUCGUUUGUCCACCGUUCGUACAAAACGCAAUAAGUUACCCAGUUACAUCGAAUACUGAUUUCCCAACAUAUGGGAUACCAGUUUUAUCGCCGAUUCAACAAAUGUAUCCACUCCAUCAAACUGUCUUACUAAACCCGUACUUACCACAAAUGCAAACAUCAUUUCUAAAACAAUUUCCUAAAAUCGAUGAAGAGAAGUUCGAAUCUGAAACGAAAAAAUUUAGUUCCUUAAAUACGAGGAAUGUAAAAAAUAAACCGAAGUUUCAAUCUAUGAGGAUUGUUAGAAAACGUAACAUCGAAAGAUUUUAUCCAAACACAGAGUAUGGCGAGAAUUUUAACGAAAUUAAUAACAAUAUAAAUGAGAAUGAUGAUAAGGAAACGAGUGAUAAUAUCUAUGAAAACUAUCCGACACUAUUGAAAGUUAAUUCCGACAUAAGUGGUGUUGAACAGUUUGAGAAUUUAACUGAUUCUAUACAAAUAUGUGAAGAAAGUAGCGAUAGAAUAAAUGCAUCAACAUCUUCUUUAAAUAGACCCGUGCCAGCGCCUAGAACUAAAUUAACACCAGUCACAUCACCUGCAAAAUCUGACCAUGUCUAUGUCAAUCUUUCAAUGCCACUUAUAAACACAAGUUACAUGCAAUCAUAUGACGUCAUUGAUGGGCCAGUAAGGCCAACUAAAUCAGAAGAAAAUAUUUCCAAAAAUAUCCAAAGAAACCAAACCAAAAUAACACCGAUGGUGCCAAAAAGGACGAUAAGUUUAAAAAACAUUCAUGAUCAGUGUGAUAAUGAUCAAAACGCGAUCAAUGAGGAAAAAGAAUUGACGAAACCUAAUAUCAUAGGUGCAACACCUAAAAGAAAUACCUCAGUAAUAUUACCAUCAACCUCGCUAGUUAAAUCUGUUGUAAAUCAACUAAACGAUCAAGGUAUGAACAAGGUUGGACUGCCAAAGAAGCAAGUUAUAUUACCAAACAAAACCUUACAAAUACCAAAAUUAUCUGAAAAACCAAUACCAAAAAGAAAUUUAGUACAACGUAGCAAUUCAGUUCAAAUUAGUUCUAAUAAUAGUGAUAUCGCUCAGAAUACUAAUAUACUACAGCAACAAUACCUUCAGAAAAGAAAUCAUUUUAGCAAUAUAUCCAAAGGAAAAAACAAGAAAAACUUCCAAAUACCAUUACAAAAACAUCACAGCUUCUGCUACUUCCAACCAAUUAGAGUAGAUAAAAGGAUUCCGGUCGAUCAAGAACUAUCAUAUAACAACACAAUAGGUCCAGUAAUCUAUCAACAUCCAGAAACUCAAUAUUACACGAAAACAUUAAACAGAACAAGAGAAAAAAAUAGUCAAAAACUAAAUCGUCUCAAAAAAUCUGAAAGCUUACGCGAAAAACUAUCAUGUGUCGGUGUUUACGAUAACUAUGAGAAACCAAACUACCCAGAAUCAGAUUACAACGAAACAGAACAAAAAUCAUACCUCCAAUUACUAAAAGGGAAUUACAUAUCAAACUCAACGAGAAAUCUAGCACCGGAAUAUAAUUACAACACUAAUUUCAACACAUUGAAUAAAGAGGAUAGACCUAAACAUAAGAAAUUAGUUUACGCAGAUCUAGCGUUAGGUAAUCAUAAUUUAAAAUUUAAGAAUACAGUCAAUUCAAAUAGACAUUUAUACGACACGUAUACAAUAGGUAGCGAGUCUAAAGAAAGUAAUAGUAGUUAUAAGAACGUGAGUAGCCAAAGAAAGAAUAUCCAACAGAAAAGUGACUACGCUACACUUAAGUUCAAUGAAAUUGAUCCUUUCCUACCAGAAGAUCAAUUUAUUUACGCCGACGCGGACAUGAAAGAUUACGGGCCGAUAAACUACAAAGCAGCAUCAAUAUACGCUCAGAUGAAAAAAGUCAAAGAUCAACAGAAAUUACAAGAAAUAUACGAAAAAAAUCAUCCCGAAGACGACAUGUUGUGA